AUGUUCUCAGGAUGCUCCAUAUCGGGACCCGAAGGCUGUAAUCUGUUUAUUUAUCAUCUGCCCCAAGAAUUUGGCGAUGGCGAAUUGAUGCAAAUGUUUAUGCCAUUUGGCACCGUUAUUAGUUCAAAAGUAUUUAUCGAUCGCGCUACAAAUCAAAGUUUUGUUUCAUUUGAUAAUCCUGCCAGUGCUCAAGCAGCUAUUCAAGCGAUGAAUGGUUUCCAAAUUGGAAUGAAAAGACUGAAGGUUCAGUUGAAAAGACCUAAAGAUGCCAACCGACCUUAUUAACAAUCAGAGUCAUGCGGCGCUAGAAAAGUAGUUUAUCAGGUGAGCGAGUCAACACGAGCGUUCACCAUACAAAAGUUUUAAUUUGUUUUACUUUCGGAGAAUCUUCUGGUCUUUUAUUUGUCGCUGCGAAAUCUCUUUUUUGUAGAAGACAUUAGCCGAAGCUUUAAGAAAAAAAAAUAAAAAUUUAAACAAAAAAGAAGAAAAAAAAGUAGAAAAAUAAAUUCAAAAUUUAACUAAGAAAAGGAAAUUUCCUCUAACGUUUUUAUUCACACAAUUUGCAUGAUAAUUUUUGACUUCUUGAAUAUAUCAUCAAUUUUUAUGUAUAAAUAAUAUUCAUUGAUAUAACUCAAUAUAUCUUAAAAACAAUUUUUUGGCCAAUUUUAAAUAUUGACAAAUGAAAAGGAAAAGAAAAAACAAAGAAAUUUGCGAUUUUAUUCUUUCUUUAAAUGUUAAUCUCUAGAUGAAAAAAAAAACUUAGUCGAAGAUAUGAAUUAAAGAAAGAAAACUGAACCGAGCUCCGUAUUAAGGAGCCUUAAAAAUAAUCAACAAUAAAUUUUUCUCGCAUGCGAAGUGAGAAGAAAUUUAAAACUUUAUAAAAAUUAAAUGAAAAACGUUGGGAAACAAAGAGAAAACAAAUUUGUGGGUUUACUAACUUUUCUUUCCUCCUUAUUUUUCUGGAAUAUUUAAUAAAAUAUAAAAAAUCUUUGCUGAUUCAUAAGUAACUUAAGUUAGUGGAGGAAAAUGUUAUGAGAUUAUGGUAAUAAGAUCUUUUUUAAUUCUUAAUUUCUUUACUUUCCUUUGUUGGAAUUUAUAAUGAUACUAAACAAGCGAAUGAAGAGGAAAAAAUAUUUAAAUUAUUAUGAACAAGGAAGAUAAUAUAUUAAAAUAAUAUGAUUAUAAUCAAUAAUAGAAUUUACACAUAUGAAACACAUAAUUUUUAGAUAAACCUUUUUGAAAGAUGGUGACAAAUCCAAGCCUCCCUCAGACACGUUUUAAGAAGUAAAUAAAUGAAAAAUGUCGCUAUGGGAAAAUUAAAGUAAAGUAAAAGUCAAAAUUAUGAUGAAACCACAUUAUUGGCAUCUUUCACAAAUUUUUCAAACAUACAUACAUACAUACAUGCCAUUUAUGAAUAUAACAUUUACAGAACUUACUCUUACUUAAAUAAUGAAUUAAUUAAUUAAUUAAUGAAAUCAUUUUACUAACAGUUGAUAUAGAUUUUUUGAAAUACUAAGUAAAUAUUUGCAAAGCAUGUAAUCUUUAAACAUGUAAAAACUUAGAAC